CGGAGCGUCACCGCGCGGCGCGUCUGGUGGUGCGUGGUGAGAUAGGCGCGGAGGAGGCACCGUGAGCUGGUGAGGCCGGGGCGGACCGCAGGACGCGCGGGGCGGUAGGUGCGGCCUCUCGCGGCACCAGAGGGGUGCCACUGAGCCGUCGACGGCGGCGGUCCAGGCUGAGCGGACGUCGCUUGACAAGCCAGCAGCGAUGUCGGCAACAGAGCGCAGCGACUCGGUCCGCUCGCAGGCCCGGAGGGUAGAGGUCAGCGUCAUCGGUGAGUCGGGCAACGCCAUCGAAGCCCCGGCCGCCCACCCGGCCCUCCAGCGGCGGGGCUCGAGCAUGAAGGACGUACUGCCGCGCGCCGUACUCCGCACCUCCAGCCGCGACCUGGCGCCCUCGGCCGGCGCCCACGCCACUCCGCCGGCUCCUGCGGCGCGCGAAUUCGAGGGUGACUUCGACGAAUUGCUGGAGGAGGUGGGAGGCUUCGGCCGCUUCCAGUGGCGCAUGCUGGCGCUGUUACAGCCCCCGUUUCUGUUCCUCGGCUUCACGCUGCUUAGUCAGUUGUGGCUGGUGCUGGAGCCGGAGCACUGGUGCCGCGUGCCCGAGCUCGACGCUCUCGGCUGGAGCGCCGAACGCGCGCGCAACCUCAGCAUCCCGCUGGAGGAGCGCGCCGGGCAGCAGCAGUUCUCGCGGUGCGAGCGGUACGACGUCAACUUCAGCGCGCUGGAGGACCCAGCCAGCUGGAGGCCGGACGAGGCAACGCCGCGCGUCGCCUGCCGCCACGGCUGGCACUAUGACUUCGCGCUCAUCUACCCGACCAUCGUGUCGGACCAGGACUGGGUGUGCGACUCCGCCUGGAAGCCGACGCUGGCCACUGCGCUGUUCUUCGUCGGGUCUGUGGUGGGCACGCUGCUUUUCGGCGCCGUUUCAGACCGCUUCGGCCGGCUGCCGGCGCUGGUGGCGGCCAACGUGACCGCCUGCGUGGCCGGCACCGUGUCCGCCUUCACCGCCAGCCUUGCCGCCUUCUCCGCCGCCCGCUUCGUCUUCGGCAUGGCCAACAACCUGCAGAGCACGCUGGCGAUCGUGUUCCUCAGCGAGUUCGUGGGCGUGCGGUGGCGCGGCCUGGUGGUGAACCUGCCGCUGGCCACCUCCUUCUGCCUGGGCAUGACGCUGUUGCCGUGGAUCGCCUGGGGCGCCGGGCACUGGCAGUACACGGCGCUGGCCACCUCGCUUCCAAUGGCGUUCACGCUGGUCUACCUGGUGGCGCGGAUGCCGGAGUCGUGCCGCUGGCUGCAGCAGACCGGCAAGCUGGACCGCGCCAUGGCCGAGAUGCGCGAUAUCGCGCGUGAGAAUGGCCGCAAGGUGCCCGAAGAGACGUGGAAGCGCUUCGCGGCGGCCGCGCAGCGCAAGCACGAGGAGGAGCUGGCGCGGCCCCCGCCCGGCCUGCGGCGUCUGCUGCGCCACCCGCGCCUGCGCACGCGCAUGCUGGUGCUCAUGUUCAGCACCAUGAUCCUGCUGCUGCUGUUCGACCUGACGUCGCGCAACACCGACUUCGACGUGGACAUCUACACGGCGCAGACACUGCUGGCCGUGUCGGAGGCGCCGGCCGACCUGUUCACCUGGCUGCUGGUCGAUACGCUGGGCCGUCGCUGGACCAUCACCGUGUUCACAGCGCUUACCAGCGGCGCCGGCCUGGCGCUGGCGGCACUCCUGCACGUCGGCACGGCCGCCGCCGCCUCCACCGCCACCGCCGUCCUCUGCCGUUUCUGCACCACCAUCGCCGUCAACGUGCUGAUGACUCUCAGCAUGGAGCUUAUCCCGACGGACGUGCGCUCGCGCGCCUUCUCGCUGACUCAGGUGGCCGGCCACAUGGGCGCCAUACUGAGCCCGCUGAUUCUCUACCUGGAGCGGGUGGCGCGCGGCCUGCCGCAGCUGGUGCUGGCGGUGCUGGCGCUGCUCGGCGCCGUCAGCGUCAGCUUCCUGCCGGAGACGCGCGGCCUGCCGCUGCCCGACACGCUGGAGGAGGGAGAGAAGUUCGGCGCCGACCAGCGCUGGUGCCAGUGCUACUGUGGCAGCCCGACAGCGGAGGUGGCGGCGGCGGAGGACAGGGCGGAGGAGCGUGGGCAGGACAACCCAGCGCUGGAUGUCACCGCGGAGGCGGUGACGCAGUUCUGAGGACUAGCGGCGUGGUGAGACGGGGAGACGUUGGUGACCCGUCUCGGGUGUUGCAUGAAUGGUUUAACGAUGCCGGUCACUGGCUGCCCACUGGCUGUUUUCUCCACAUUUCGUGAGAUGUGAGAACGCCCGUCAGACAGCCCGCCAUUGUUCUCGACCGCGCGACAGCGGUUGUCAGGCUGUCAGCAUCAGAGCGUGGCGAGACGCCAUCAAGUGUCCUGCGAUGGGUGUGACCGUGGCGUGAUCAGUGAGCCGGUGACCCGGCGCCGUGUUGUGCAGCGGAACAGGACCUCAUCUGCACGUGGUGCAAUCAGUUAAGGGUGCCGGUCUGCAUACCAAUAGAGGCGCGAUGAUGCUUGAGGCGCGGGUGACGUGCUAUCCCGCAUGCAAUAGCAGCAGCUGCGCGUCUCUGUACACUGGGCAGACAAGAUGUCCCACCAGUCUUGUGGGUGGUGCUGUGGCCGGGUCCGACUGUGACUCAUGACAGGCGUACUGAACUGUGAUGUAUUUCUACCUUACUUGGUUGAUCUGAGCGUGACUUUUAUGGAAUGUUGUUUGUUUUAUUUAGUGAAAUGCACGUACCCAGGUGUUCGAAAAAUAAACAUAUGUGCUCAGUUUCAUAAACGCAUGCCUCUUUAUCUUCCACGAUGA